AUGGCGUACGAUCGUUACAUCGCCAUCUGCUUCCCCUUCUACUAUGUCAUCAUUAUGAAUCGGAACAUUUGUGGGAAAAUUACAGUCGCCGUGUGGUUAGGAGGGUUCUUCAUAUCCAUUGUCCCCACCAUCUCAAAGCCUCUGAUCUUCUGUUCAGAAGACCAGCUGGAUCAUUUUGUCUGUGAGAUAUUAGCGGUGGUGAAGAUAGCGUGUGGGAACUCCUCCAUUUAUAAACUGAGAUUAUUUAUCAUGAGUCUGUUCACCCUCUUAACACCCUUUGUAGUUAUCUUUGUAUCAUAUUGUCUCAUUAUUGUAUCAGUCCUGAGAAUUCAGUCAACUGAACGGAGAUCCAAAGCUUUCUCCACGUGUGCUUCCCACCUGAUUGUGGUCUCCAUGUUUUACGGGACAACUAUGACCAUGUACAUGGGGCAGACCAAGAAUCUAUCGUCCGUACUCAAAUAUAUCGCUCUCAUGUAUGGUGUUAUGACCCCUGUAUUAAACCCUUUGAUAUACAGCCUAAGGAAUAAUGAGGUAAAGGAAGCAUUCCUGAAAAUAUUAGGAAAAUGUUUAUUGUCUGAAAAUGCAUGA